UAAUAAAUAUAUUUAUGGUAUUGUCCAAUGAGAGAGACAAUAUGGAAAAAUGUGUGUUGGCGUUCAAGGACUUAUUAGCCGUAAGUGGCAUGUUCACCUGUUCUCUAAAACGAUUUAGUAGACCUGAAGAAAGCAUUGAAUUGACUCAUAUGAUUGAGGAAGAGCAUCUCUUGGACGGCUAUCAACUGAAUAGGACUGCCUCAAGUUGGGUAAAAGUUGUCAAUAACUACAAAAAUAAGAGAAAAGAACUGAAAGCUAUGAGUAAUAUUUCAUUAGUGUUUAGUUUCUGCGCAUGCUCAGGACUUUUAGUGAGAUAUCCAAUGGUGAGAUUACUUGAAUCAAAUCCAGAGGAUCGACUACGUGGCUUUCCAACUCCAUUCGUCUCCUAUAUUCCUCCAGAGUUUGAUCAGAUUUCAUUUGUAGUGUACAUAUUCAUAUUGCAUUUUCUGAUCAUUAUCCUUUUCGCGUUUGAGGCCUUUACUGCCUAUACGGCCCUAUUACAAAGUCUCAAGAAACUGCUAUCAGACUAUGAGAACAUUUAUAUUUUGUUGGACGACAUCAAGCAUUCAACUGGGUCUUCUCAGGAAAAGGAAUUUACCAGUAAUGAAAAACAAAUUCAAAGAGUCGAUGAUGUAAACAAUGAAGAGGAUCUAAGGAAAAAUAUGAGGCUCAUUGUGAAUUAUCAUCAGUACAUAAACAGAAGUUUUGAAAAAUGCGUUAGAUGUUCAGAGUAUCCGAUUAUGGUUUUAAGUAUCCUGAUAAUUCUGGACUCCUGCUUCAAUAUCUUCUUCAUGAUGCAGGUGAAAAAUCCAAAUGUAGCUAUUAGUCAUGGAUCAUCUUUCUUCUUCAACAAUAUAUUCCUUCUUCUUUGCUAUAACAGUGGUCAGCAAAUUCUCAAUCAGAACGAAAUAUUCCGAAGACAUGUUGCAGAGCUUCCGUGGAUCAACAAGCCCAAGUGGUUCAAACAGAGCAUGCUAAUCAUGAUGAAUCGAACUAAUGUCGACACUGAAAUAAAGCCUUAUGGAAUCUUCGUACUCAACCUCACAACGUACAAAGAUUUGUUGAAAGCUGCAUUCUCGUUUGGGAAUAUUCUUUAUACUCAAAAAAUGAUUCGUAAAGAGCAUUGAAAAUCUCAAAUGGAUUGGGUGGGUUUUGAUAGUUUCAUUACACCACCAAAUCCUUUCUGGAUGAUAUGUUACACCAGACAUGCAAAGGAAAUUAACAAGAGAUGAUGCAGUGGUCAAUGCAGGGCUUGGCCUUUCUGGCUCAGGUUCCCUCUGGUAUUGAUUUUAUUUGUUUUCAAGGGAAAAAUCAUAAUUAUUGUUACUAUGAUUUAUUUGUGAUGGUG